CGACCCGGCGAAGAAUCAAGCAUCUAUCAAUGCGACUAACACAAUUUUCGGCGCGAAACGACUAAUCGGACGAGCGUUCGACGACGUCGGCUUGCAAAUGGACCUCCGCCAUUUCCCUUUCUCCGUCACCAACGACAACGGAUGAAGGAGUUGGCGGAACAGUAUUUGGGUUGCAAAGUGAAUAAGGCCGUGGUCACAGUGCCGGCGUAUUUUAGCGACUCGCAGCGGCAGGCCACUAGAGUAGCGGGGAACAUCGCUGGGUUAGAAAUUAUACGGAUUAUAAACGAACCGACGGCCGCCGCGCUCGCUUAUGGCCUCAGCAAGAACUUGAAAGGAGAUCGUAACAUUUUGGUUUACGACUUAGGAGGAGGCACAUUCGACGUAUCGAUUUUAAACGUCGGUGGAGGUUCAGUUUACGAAGUCAAAGCCACUGCUGGCAAUUCCAGAUUGGGUGGAGAAGACUUUGAUAAUCGAAUCGUGGCGUACUUUUUAGAAGAUUUCAAAAAACGUUUCGGCAAAGAGGUGAAAAGUGCCCGAGCUUUGCGGAGACUUAAAUUCGCCGCCGAAAAGGCCAAACGGUGUCUUACGUCCGCUACUGAGGCGGUGAUUCAAGUGGAGUCUCUCAAGGAUUCUAUAGACUACACUGGGAGACUCAAACGCGUUUUAUUCGAACAGUUGUGCUCAGAUUUGUUCCAAGACACAUUGGAUUUAGUUGAUCAAGCAUUGAUGGAUGCUGGUAUGACUAAAACUGAUGUAAACGAUGUCAUUCUAGUCGGUGGGAGCACAAAAAUACCAAAGAUUAAGAAAAUGCUUCACGAUUACUUUGGUAAUAAGAAUAUUAUAUGUUCAAUUAACCCAGAUGAGGCUAUAGCGUGUGGUGCAGCUAUCCAAGCAGCCAUUUUGUCUGGAGAGAAAAGCAACAAAAUCAAAGAUCUCUUAUUAAUAGACGUUGUGCCAUUGUCUUUGGGCUUAGAGACUGUUAGAGGCUUAAUGUACAAAGUCAUCGAACGCAAUACACCAAUCCCUUGUCGAUACACUAAAGAGAUAACUACUCUAGAAGAUUACCAGAGUAGUAUGACUAUAGAAGUUUUUGAAGGCGAGAGAAGUCUGACGAAAGACAACCAUUUAUUAGGCGUUUUCGAACUGCGAAACAUACCACCGGUUCCUCGAGGUGUAGCUAAAAUAGAUGUCAUUUUCGACAUCGAUACAAACGGUAUUUUGACUGCUUCAGCGAAAGAUAAAAGCACAGGAAACUGUAAAAGUAUAACAAUAGAUACAAUGAAUAGAAUGUCGCAACAGGAGAUCAGCAAGAUGAUUUCUAACGCAGAGAAGUUUCGAGAAGAAGACAUAGAGAAUAAACUGCGUUUAGAAGUCAGGAAUCAGUUGGAGACGUACAUUUAUAAUGUUAAAAGAUCAGUUGUUGAGAAUCUAGAAGGUUUGAGUGGGGUUGAAUGUGCUGAUAUGAUUGGAGAAUGUAAGACAGCUAUUGCCUGGCUUGACGAUAACCCUGAUUGUCUUAGAGAAGAGUAUGAAAGGAAGAUGUCGGAAUUACUCAGAAGUUGGUCCUCUAAUAUAAGGAGAAUAGAUCACGCUUCUUAUAGAAUCAAGAGACAAAGAAGCGAUGGUAAUGAACAAACCGCUAGUAUAGAAGAAGUGGCAAAUGAACUUUAAGUUGUUCAUAAAAAAAACAAAUUAAAAUAAAAUAAAAGACAUAAUAUCUAGAUGUAUGGUGGGAUUGUUCUUAUAGUUAUAAAGUUGACUUGGCAACUAAAUUGGUGUAUUUUAAACGUUAUCGAUGUUAAAUUAGUAUUAGAUGGUAAAAGUUUCUAUAAUAAGUGUUCGUUGUGGACUACGGAACUCUAAAAACUGGAAUGCAGUAAGGAGAUAUUUCAAUAAAUACACCAAAUUGAAUUUUGCUGCAAAAUAACAGAAAGCCGCGUAUGUAUGGAAAACAACGCCAUCUAUUGACAAUGUCCGGAACUUACCGCACAAAACAAAUUACAUUUUAUAUUUUAAAUGUUUAAUUGAUUAAUAAAUGUCUACCUCAUAAAGUGUUUAAUUAAUAAAGUGUACUAACAAUGUGUGUUUUAUUACAACUUUAUUUUUAUUUAUUAAUUUGUUGUGAAAAUGCUGGAGCAUGGUUUCAAAAGCAAAGCUGUAAUCUGAUUUUUUUUAUCUUUAAUUAUAAAAGUUAAGUUUCACUAACCCUCAUUGAAUUAUCUAAUUGCAAAAAUUAAAUACUG